GGGCGCCGCGGCGGUGGGCACGGAAGCGGGACUCGGUGAGGCGGCGGGCCCGGGGGGGGAGGUAGGAGCGCCUCCCUUCUGCUAGCCGUCGGUCAGCGGAUGGUUCGGUUGCUGGGGGUCGUGUCUCUUAGGGAAGCGUGUGUGGGGUUCGGGACCACCAAGGCCUAGGCGCGUGGCUCACGCGGGUUUGUUAAGAGUUGUGCUGCGGAGGGUCAGCAGGGUACUGCUGUAGAAAAAUAAUUCUGCUCCGAGGCUGCCCAAAACUUAACGUUGACUGAAGCUGAAAUGUGGAAUGUGUGCGCGGCAGCGCAUGCGGGAGUCUGGUGAGAGGUUUAUGUCUGGUCUGGGAACGCCAUUCAUGCGGCUUCAAAGACACGCGGUAGGGGUGUCGCUUUCACAUCUUCGACCUGAUUUCCUUUGAGUUCGUCGCUGCUUUUACGCGUGCAGAGCUGGGAUGUCCUGCGCAGGAGCAUCUGCAGAAGAGGCCGGUUUAGAGCUGGGGGAGCAGUGGCGCUGCUGGGUCUGACUGCUGGUGAUGUGGUUCAAGGUUGCGUGUGGUAUUAAAGGGUAACGCGCACCCUGACCUGGCUGUACGUGGCUCUGCGAGCGCUCUUCCUCCCGUUUUCAGUUCGAGGGGCUGAACACCGUGCGUACGCUUAAAAUACUUAUAGCCCAUUGGACAAAAAGCAAGAUGAGAUCAAAUGAAAGCAGCCGUCAUCUAAACACACAACUGUGGAAGUUCUUGCAGGAGGAAGUAAUUAAUUUGUGUGAGGUGUUACCAUCUGAAAGUGUAAAUUUAAUUAACACGGUGCUUUUAAAGCAAGGGUCUGAUGCAAAUACAAACGUAGCAGCUCACUGCGGAACAAAUACCGUUAAUUUGUGGCUGAAUUUAUAGAAUUCAGCUUAAUUUGUCACGAGAAUAAAUUGCUGAAGUUCCAGGUUGUAUCUCUUCUGCUUAAGGUGGUUGGCGUUGUUGAUUUGCCAGGGUGAAUGAGAAAUGCCAUUUCUGAUGAGCUCAGUCAUGGCAGCUGUCAUUGCUUUUUGCCACUCUUCCUUCAUCCUCAAAGGUAAAUCGUGACGGAUGGGGUUAUACUAGGGGAAAAAAAAAUCACCGUGCCAGUUAUAGUUUCACAGAGCCCUAAUGGAUUGCAAGUGGAAACUAGAAAUAUCUUUUACCGCUGACAACUUGGGAUGGAUUUCUGAUAGUCCUAACACGACUAUUACGCUAAAUAUUUUUGUUGUUGUUGUUACACGUGACAAAAUCUAAUGUGCAUGAAAAAUAGGGAGAACGUGGAGAAACUGAUGAAUUUUUUAAGCGUCACGAGGGUAGGAUGCCAAAAUAGCCUAAUGGACUUUGUUUUAAAAAUGUACUGAAAAAUGUGAGGUUUUUUCUUUUCCUGUUUAUAAGGUGGACAAGGAGGAAUACCAGUGCAAUAGUGUCAGCAAUGGAGAAGCAACUAAAGGAAAAUUAUUUUGAUGUCAGAAUGUGAGAAAGCUGAAAACCUCUUUCUCUUGCGUUGUUUGUGUACAGUGCACAGCAUGCAACUCCAGGCCGUCGUCUGACCUUGAGUCUGCUGUGAAAGUACAAAAUUUGAUCCUUCCAUCAUGGCUAAGACCUUGCGGAAGUAAUUCUCUGUUUUCCCCCACAGCAAACUUCUAUUGCACUGUGAAAGCCAAAAAUUAAAGAAGCAUGAAAUAGGACGGCCCAGAUGCCAUUGGCCUUCUUGGACACCUGGGCACACUGCUGGCUCAUGUUCCACAGACUGUUGACCAGAACCCUGAGGUCCUUUUCUGCCAGGGAGCUUUUCAGUCACUGUUCUGCAAGCCUACGUGGGGUUGUUUUUACCCACAACCAGGACCUGGAACUGUAUUUCAAGAAUCUUUCAAAACAGAAACAAAAAGAAGACAUGGAGAAGAAUGGAAACAACCGCAAACUUCGUGUUUGUGUUGCUACUUGCAACCGUGCUGAUUAUUCAAAAUUAGCUCCUAUUAUGUUUGGUAUUAAGGCAGAGCCACAGUUCUUUGAGCUUGAUGUUGUAGUGCUUGGUUCCCACUUGAUUGAUGAUUAUGGUAACACUUAUCGCAUGAUUGAACAAGAUGACUUCGAUAUUCAUACAAGAUUGCACACUAUUGUGAGAGGGGAGGAUGAGGCAGCCAUGGUGGAAUCAGUAGGCCUUGCAUUAGUGAAGUUACCAGACGUCCUGAACCGCCUGAAACCUGACAUAAUGAUAGUUCAUGGUGACAGAUUUGAUGCUUUGGCACUAGCCACAUCUGCAGCCCUGAUGAAUAUUCGCAUUCUUCACAUUGAAGGUGGAGAAGUCAGUGGGACCAUUGACGACUCUAUUAGACAUGCUAUAACCAAACUGGCCCAUUACCACGUGUGCUGCACAAGGAGUGCAGAGCAGCAUUUGAUAGCCAUGUGUGAAGACCACGACCGCAUCCUUUUAGCAGGUUGUCCUUCAUAUGACAAACUUCUCUCUGCCAAAAAUAAGGACUACAUGAGUGUUAUACGCAUGUGGCUGGGUGAAGAUGUUAAACCCAGAGACUAUAUAGUUGCUCUGCAACAUCCUGUAACCACAGAUAUUAAACAUUCCAUAAAGAUGUUUGAACUGACACUAGAUGCACUCAUUUCCUUUAACAAGAGAACACUUGUUCUAUUCCCCAAUGUAGAUGCAGGAAGCAAAGAGAUGGUUCGGGUGAUGAGGAAGAAGGGCAUUGAACAUCAUCCCAAUUUUCGGGCAGUGAAGCAUGUCCCAUUUGACCAGUUCAUUCAGCUAGUUGCCCAUGCUGGUUGUAUGAUUGGUAACAGCAGUUGUGGGGUCAGAGAAGUGGGAGCAUUUGGCACACCUGUCAUCAACUUGGGGACACGUCAGACAGGAAGAGAAACAGGUGAAAAUGUUCUUCAUGUUCGUGAUGCUGACACACAGGAUAAAAUUCUGCAUGCGCUACAGCUCCAGUUUGGUAAGCAGUAUCCAUGCUCCAAAAUAUACGGUGAUGGUAAUGCUGUUCCAAGAAUUUUGAAGUUCCUUAAAUCUAUUGACCUCAAAGAGCCAUUGCAAAAGAAAUUCUGUUUUCCUCCUGUCAAAGAUAAUAUCUCUCAAGAUAUAGACCACAUUCUAGAGACACAGAGUGCUUUGGCUGUGGACCUAGGUGGAACAAAUCUCCGAGUAGCAAUUGUCAGUAUGAAGGGUGAAAUAGUUAAGAAGUAUACCCAGCUCAACCCUAAAACUUACGAAGACAGACUAGGUUUAAUUCUAAAGAUGUGUGUAGAAGCUGCAUCGGAGGCAGUAAAUCUGAACUGCAGAAUUUUGGGAGUAGGUAUUUCCACAGGUGGGCGAGUAAACCCUCGAGAAGGAAUUGUACUUCACUCCACAAAACUCAUUCAGGAGUGGAGCUCUGUAGAUCUCCGAACCCCAAUAUCUGAUGCUCUGCACUUACCAGUCUGGGUGGACAACGAUGGAAACUGUGCUGCUCUAGCAGAAAGGAAAUUUGGUCAUGGAAAAGGAAUAGAAAAUUUUGUAACACUCAUCACUGGUACAGGAAUUGGAGGUGGAAUCAUUCACCAACAUGAAUUGAUCCAUGGCAGUUCUUUCUGUGCUGCUGAGCUUGGGCAUAUUGUGGUAUCUUUAGAUGGACCAGAGUGCCUGUGUGGUAGCCAAGGAUGUAUAGAAGCAUAUGCCUCUGGAAUAGCAUUACAGAGAGAAGCUAAGAAACUGCAUGACGAGGAUCUGCUUUUAGUAGAAGGAAUGUCAAUGAAGAAUGAAGAGGUUGUUAGUGCUGCACAUCUCAUUCAAGCAGCUAAACUUGGAAACGCAAAGGCAGAAAGCAUUCUCAGAACAGCUGGUACAGCAUUAGGACUUGGAGUUGUGAACAUUCUGCACACCAUGAACCCCUCUCUUGUGAUCCUUUCUGGAGUCCUAGCCAGCCACUAUGUUAAUGCUGUCAAAGAUGUGAUACAUCGACAGGCUCUGUCAUCAGUUAAAACUGUGGAUGUGGUGGUCUCAAAUCUAGCAGACCCUGCUCUUCUCGGAGCUGCUAGCCUGGUACUGGAUUAUACUACCCGUAGAAUAUACUAGGUGCCUGGAAGAAUUACAGAAAUGAACUAUUCAAAUUCCUUAUGGGUGGAGGGAAUACUUUGCCCACAAUCUUUCUUUGAGCAGAGCAGCUACAGAAUCAGAGUAAUGAUGUUCUGAAUAGUUAGUGACUACUUCAGCAUUUCCUAAUUGAGGUAUUACCUUUUUGUAUUUUUUCUAAAAUUCAUCAAAAUUCACAGGAACUGUUGUGCAAUUCUAUUGAUUUUAAUCACCUCUGUUGGCAAGCCCAGAUGUUGCUUUAAGUGUAGCUGAAUUAUUUAUGAGCAUAUCUUGAUAUAUGGUAGGGAAUAAGUGUAUUGUGUCAAAUUAUAGCAAUUACUUGGGGAUCCAGUUCUCAUUUUUCACCUUUGUGAAAUGAGAAGUCUACAAUGUGACCAGCUUUUCUAUUUACAGGUUUCCACUCACAGAGUAAAUAUGAUACAUUCACCAACAGCAGGUGUUAGUUUCUGUAGGUGGAAACAAGGGAAGAUGCUUCCACAAAGAAGCUCUAUUUAGAAGUGGUUUGUGAAGGACUUGGAGGAUACGGUUAUUUUAUCUCAUCGCCUUUAGAGGGCAGAGUCUAAAAAUUUUAGAAGCUUUGCAUAUGAAGGAAAAAGAGCUCAGUCGUCUUCUGAGCUCGCAGACUGCAAGAGCAGUCCAAACAAACUGACAAGUGUAGCAGUGAGCACCCUUGUGUUCUGGCUACAGCCCACAGUAAAUAACUUUAUUGUUGAGGUUGAAUUUCAUUCUAUUGGGUAUUCUCAAGGGACUUAGUCUACCACUUUGUCUCCCAAAUUAGCAGAGAGGGGACUUUAUUCUUCAGUGGCCAGUUAUCUGACAGCCAGUAAUGUGGUACAUAUGAGUAUAAAGACUGCCUUUUGAGAAAUCUCAUUCACUGCAGAGUGAUGUAGUGCAUCUCUUCAGCAGUGCUGGGGCUGCAGGUGAAGUGCCAGUGAUGUCCUGCAUUCACCAUCAGCUCACAGGAUGGAAAAUCAAAUCCGAGCCUCAUCCUCACAUUCAAGGUAUUCAUUAGCCUUGGAGCAACUAACCUUAAAGGCUUGCCUUGUUAAGACAUAGUUUAUAUGACACUGUGGAAGUUUCUCCAGGAAGCAUUCAGAGAGAGAGAGAGGGCUUUUCUGGGACCUGGGUAGAGGCCAAAGAUCAGAGAGUGUAGUCCUCUUGUACUUUUAAGGAAGGCAGGUUUCUUUAACUGGACCUAUUUGAUACACAGUUCUGUCAUUAUUGGUCUGCUUUUUAGCACACUUUCAAGAUACUGUAGUACUGACAAUUACUUGACACAAGAAGAAACUGAAAAGCAGGACAAUAUAAGUGGUCAGCUAUCCCAGAAAGAAGACAGCUGCCAGAGAAACAAUCUUGUAUCCUGGCAUUUAACAACCUAAACCAUCUGCCCCAUAGUAAGGAUAUACUGGCUCUUAACCCUUUGCUAAGUUGCAUCAGGCUUUAUGUGUUCCUUUAGUGUCUGGAUUUAGUUGGUGAGUCCCUGUAACUUCAAUCCAGAGCAGUAGCUCCAUCAGCAGGUCAAGAAAUCUGUUCUGAUCUAUAGUGACGGCAGCUCAGGGCAGGGGUAACAUUUUUGAGGCUCUAACAAAGAGAAUACCUAUCGUUCGACCUUUCCAUCCUCCCAGCAUCAUGAGGAAUGUUUGAUUAAAAGUGGGACCAGGUUUUGCUUUCCAGACCUUCCAAUGCUGUUUACCUUCUGACAUCUCAGAUAAAAUUUUUCCUUAGCAGCUGGAGGGAGAUGGCAGGCAGUGACAAAAUAUGAAAGAUAUUUAAACAUUUCAAAACAUUUGAUAAAAUAAAUCUAAAAAGUCUAUUCUCUUUAAGAAAAUGGUUAUUAAAAUGUUUUUGAAGUUGUUGUUGGUUUUUUUUUUCUGGCAACUGGACAAAAACCUGCUGCAAAGGGGCAAGUGGUGCAGAGGUCCUUGGUUUUCCUGAGACAUUUGUCAGUUUAUAAAAUUAAAAAGAUGUUCACAUUUAAAA